GCCGUCCAUUUCAAUCUCUCUCCAUUUUCACGCUAUAAUCUUGACCACUCGAUUGUGAGACUUUUUUUCCCCUGUUUUACUGCAGGUUCUCUGUGUUGUUGGCUGAAGGUCACAAAUUGUAUUUCUAUAAGCGUUCGUGCGAUAUCGUCAUGCUCGCAGACUUUAUCUCUGUUGCGUGUCUAAUGUAUAAGUGUAGUUGGAUUCAUCGAGUGAAUAGCUGUCGAAGUUGCCAUGAAGGGGAUGAUAUCAUUGAUUGCGUUUUUGUGCUCAGAUCUGAAGCCGAAGAGUGUUGCAGUCUUCAUUGUUGCAGAUCCUUUUUUCUGCUUUAGUUGUUAGGGUUAGCUGUAAUAUGGUAGGAAGAGGUAAGGGUGUAAUUAUGGUAGAGGAAGCAAUUCGAAAAUUUAGGUUUUCCUGUUGACAGGGUCUGCGUUAAAAAUCGUCAUCCUGAUCUAAGUUUCAUUUCCCAUUGUGUGGUAGGUGAUUAAUCGAAGGACGAAAGUAGUACUGUUGAGGAAGGUUUUGGAUUUGUUCAGAAUGGGUGGUUUGAUGAAGGAGAUUAGUAUUGUAUCAGAAGUUAUGUCAGUUGGCUAUAAAUAUUGGGAUAUUGUGCUCAGUCUGUUUAUCUUGGUCAGAGCAAUUUCGUUUUGCUUAGCUUCUCUUUUGUUUAGAAGAUUGUUGGUUGUUGUCAAUUAUUAUGGCUUUUACUGGCCCUUUUCAUCCACUUCGUAGCUUAUGCAAAGGCAAAGAUACAUGGAAAGUUAAGGUUCGGGUUCUCCGACUGUGGGAAAUGUUUCCUGUUGGUGAACCUGGCAAAGCAUAUGCUAUGAAUCUUGUGUUGAUCGAUUCACAGGGUGUCAAAAUUGAGGCUUGUAUCAAGAAGAACUAUCUCAGUAAGUUUAGGGGUGAAUUCUCUGAGGGUGGUGUGUACAAGAUAAAUUUUUUCGGUGUUUCUGAAAACUCGGGCGCAUUUCGUGCAUCUGAUCAUGAGUUCAAAAUUUUCUUCAAUUCGAGGACACGGGUUGUGCCUGAAUCUUCAGAUGCUAUUCCUACGAUUGCGUUAUCCCUGAAAAACUCUGCUGACAUUGAUGCUACUCUUGGGGAAUCAGAUUUUCUCAUAGAUUUUAUUGGAUUAGUCACAGCAGCUUCAAAUGAGAAGCAGUAUACCAAAUCUGGGAACAUCACAAGGAAGAUUGAGCUGGAUUUAACUGAUGAAAAGUGAUAUUGUUCUUCAAAAUGUUAUGAAUGGAACGAAGAUUAUGUGGAAUCCUGAUAUCCCGGAAGUAGCAUCAUUUCGAGAUGGUUUUGCUCGUAAUGGAAUUGAUUGUCACCUUCCUCUUGGUUUAAUUGAUGGUGAUGUGCCAACUCUUUCUCUUGAUGAGGAUUUUUUAACAAUGUUUCCUCGGAAGACUAUUCUGGAUUUGCAUUCAACUGCUGAGGAAGGUAUAUUCAUUGUAUGUGCUAAGGUAUCUGGUUUACUUGAGGGGGAGAAGUGGUGGUAUAUGUCCUGCCGUUGUCACAGAGGUGUUACAAUUAAAGAUGAUAUGCCUUAUUGUUCUGGGUGUGCUACGUUUGUGCUUGAAGUUAUUCCAAGGUUUAGGAUUAAGAUUGAAGUCUGUGAGGAUGAAGACACAGCUAUAUUUGUCUUAUUUGAUGCUGAUAGUCAACAUCUAAUCCAAAGGAAUUGCAAGGAUUUAUUUGCUGGUUGGAAGGGGAAGAAUGCGUGUGAAUAUCCUGAUGUUAUUAAGGGUUUAGUUGGGAAGGAGUACCUUUUUAAGGUUGAGAAGAUGUCUGACCACGGUGCGAAAUUUGACGAUUCAUUCAAAGUGAAGAAGGCUUGUGAUAAUGGUUCUGUUAUCGAGAAGUUCAAGCAUAAUUCUCAAGUUCAAACUCCUAAGAAGUUGCUUACCGAUGCGUUUGUUUCUAAAUUUGCUGGUGGAUCAAAUGGACGUCACUUGAGUGACAUUAUAGCUGAGUCUUCCAAUGAACUUUCAGAAAUUGGUGCCAAUACAGUCUCCCUUGAUGACAUAUCUCCGGUGGAAUGUUCCUCUGUUCUUUCUUCUGUUGGGAGUGCUGGUGAUUUUGAUGCAAGCUCCUCCAAACCUACCAAGAAGAUGAAGCUAAGGAAUGUUAAAGAGAUUUAGGAGUCUUUUCAGUUAUAAGACAUCAUGUGUUCCUUCCAAGUAGUUUAUCCAUUUUGACUGUGUCAAGAACUUGUGUUUUGCUGCCCCUCUGAUGUUGUUGUAAUGUUUCUAUUCGGGUGCUCUCUAUCACCUUAUGUUUUGUUAUAUUUUGUUAUACUGCCGAGGGGUAUUUUAAUUUUUAGUGAUUGGAACCUUUGCUGGUUGUCCUGGUUUUUUUAGAUGGUCUUUGUCUUUUGUUUUAUGGUUUCACUUUGAUGUGAUGUAAUGAACUGUCGAUGAUAUGGGAAAUCUUAUGUUUAUUUGUUUGUAAUAUUCUGCAGUUUAUUUUUCAUUUGGUUCUGGGAGCACUUAUAAUUCGACAUCAUCAUUUUCCUCUAACAUACCUUGGGUAGGACUUUAAUUUUAUAAAUGUAUUGUACUGGUGUUUCACUGAUCUUAUUUAUGGUAUGAGAUUUAGUAGCUUUGUACAUGUUAUAUGUACAUCACAAUUGCCCAGAACUUUUUAUAAAGGUAUUCUUGCUGUUAUUUUGAAAAGUGUAAUAUAAAAUAUGAUAUGAACUGUAAUAAGUGUAGUUUUUUUUGUAUGAGAUU